ACCUACUGUAUUACUAGUAGUAAAAUAAAUUAACUAAAUAAUAGCAUUAUGAAUACCUAUAUAAUAAAAACCAAAAUCAUAAACUUAGUAGUAUGGCUGUCAUUCAGUCUCCACUAAGAACUGUUUUCAGCAUUCAAUGAUUUUCAGUGACCUGCCUAAUGGUGAGGUACACUUGACACCUGCUAUAAAGAAAAGCGAGUUCCCUGUUUUUAUUUAUUUAUUAAUGUUUCUGGUGGAUCAAAUAAUUUUUUAUUUGUUAGGUAUCUCGAAUCACGAAAAAUAACUCAUUAACCCGUAGUGGUCGAUGUAUGAAACUAUAAUUCUACAACGACUGUACCUACAGUUUAUAACAUAAUAUUAUAUACAUGAAAGUAUUGACAUUUUGAACACUUAAUUGUUAAUUUCCACAUUAUUCCGCAGAACAUGCGUGACUGAUCUUCAAUAACCAUGAGUGCUAUUAAGUGGUAUCUACGUUAAAAAAGUUUGAAAACCACUGAAAUAGAUCAUUUUCCAACCUUUUAUGAGCUACACUCUAAUAUUAUAAUAUAGGUAUUGUUAAUUUAAUACAUUACGGAUAAUAAUAUGUUAGAAUUAAGGCUUAAGAGAAACGGUUUUCAUUUUAAAUAUUUUUACAUUUUGAAAACAAUUUAUGUUAAUUAUCGUUCUAUCAUAAAAUCCAAUUGAAAUACAUGUUGUUAAAUAUGCGGGAAAUUAAAUUUUAGCGGUAUAGGCACAUCUAUGGAAAUUUGAUGUUUCCUUCACCUUUAAAUAAAAAUAUUACAAUAUUAGGUAUACUUAUUACAUAUAUUUACCUGAUAUAGUUUUACCUAAAAUCGAAGUAGCAUGUGCCUAAUAUGCCUAUAUGUACAACAUAUUAUAUAAUAAUAUGCUUUGAAUUUUUAAAUCGUAUACUAUCAUUAAUAGUCAAUAACAAACAUUUUGAAAACGAGUUUUUAUGGAAACUAAACAAGUAUAAAUAAUAUUAUAAUAAUGCUGAGUAAUUUUUUUUCGGUAUCAAAAUAUCAAAUUAUGAUUAUUAUGCUUUAACAAUUUAAACAAUUUGUAUAGUUUUAAAAAUAUUUCCAAAAAAUUAUGUGUUCUCGGAAACAAUGCAUUGCUGAUCAUGACGUAUCGUCCCACACUAAUGAAGACAUAAAUUCUAAUUCUACUUUAGUUCAGAAGUUUCACGAAAACAGUAAAACGUCAGUUCGUUUGACUUAUUUUGAUGGAUCGAGCUACGUAAAAAAACAUAAAGCUCGUCAAACAAAACAAACCAGUAAGAAAUCGUUCGUUGGAAGCAGCUCUGAUACAAACAUCCGAAAUACUAUUACUAAAUGUAAAACGUGCUGUGACAAUGCGGACCAGAAAUCUAGUGGAAGUGGUUCUAAGUCGGCGGCUGACAUGUCAGACACUCUGCCGGCUGACGUGUGUGUUCGGAUGGUGGGCGGACGAGUACGUGAAAUAUUAGACUUAUUGGCCCGGUCGGACAACGACAUGGGGUGUGCGGACGCCUAUUGGUUGCAGAAGCUGUUUAAGUCGGUAAUCCGAGCACUUGAUGACUUACGGAGUGCUUGCUGUAGACCGCGUCAGAUAACUAACUUGCGGAAUUCUUGCAAAAAGACCUUCCGGCUCUCCGGCGCCGGUCCCGGGCCGUCAAUGUCGUCGAGUGAAUUUAAUAUGCUGUGCAAAUAUCCACACAAUGUUUGUAAUCAAUGCGGUUGUUCGGUCAAUACUAACCUGCAGAAAUUGAUAAAAGCCGCCGCCAAUUUUGGAUGCUUGUAUGGUUACGCGGUCAACUCGGACAAAGUGAAUAGACGUUAAAAAAAAAUAUAUUGCGUAAUUCGUGAUAAGACGUAAUGUGAAUACAACAUGUGUGUAGAUUUUACG